UAUAUUUUUAAAGUGGCACACGUAUAACACAAUUUCACGUCUCGAGGUUGUGAAAGACAGAAUUCAGUCGAUUACAUCGCUAAGUACAUAUUUUCUGUAAAUUUAACGGGAGUGAGAAGACUAUUAAAUCUGUAUUGAGGAAACUUUGAAUAGUAAUGGGUGACGUUCCUGGGCCGUCUUCAGCUCCUUACUUCAAUCAAAGGAAAGCAACAGAGAACUUCUCCCGUCUGUGUCAGCUGAUCAUGACGAUCUGUAGCGACUUGUUCAGGGACAUUCUAAGUCGUUACAUCAAACCAGCUGACCUUAGGUCGGAGCUGGACAACAACAGAAAUAGGCUGGAGAGAAUUAUGAAUGCUCAACAAAAAGAACAAAUCUAUACGGCGUCCGGUUCAGUAACUUUGACUGCUAAAGACCUGGACAUCUCUGUAUUAUAUAUCAUAUUGAGGAAUAUCUGUAACAUACCCAAACAUCGAGCCGGGUGGGGAAAUCCUCCUCUAAAUGGUGAUAAAAGAUUAUCGGCCUGCAUAGAAAGGAUCAGGAUCCAGAGAAAUUUAAUCUCCGCUCAUUCUGUCACUGCUGCUGUGGAUGACCUAAUGUUUCAAGAGUACUGGGACGUACUCAAAGACGCCAUCAUAGAAAUUGAAAAACAGUCUGUCGGUGGGGAUAUGUAUGAGAGAGGCGUAAACGAGUUAUUAUCUUGUGAUCUGAACCCAGGAAGAUCCAAGCUGUAUGUUGAAGAAUUCAAGAAAAUACAAGAAAAUAUGCAGAUAAAACAAGAGAGAAUUGAACGCCUUGAAAGUAAAACAAGGACAGCAAAACACCAGUUGGCUGUCAAGAAAAUGAAAAUUACCAGAGUAGAACAAACCAACACACUGCUUCAUCAAAGGAUGCAUGAUAACAAGAGGUACAUUGAUGAUCAGCUACCUUUAAAACUUCAAGAACAUGAACAGAUACUUCUCUCAGCCAUACAAGGAAUUAUUACAGAAGAGUCAAAAAAGUUACAAGAUGAGUUUAAGAAACACAAACAGGAAGUGCAAGAUGAGUUGAAGAAAAACAAGCAGGAUAUCCAAGAAGAGUUAAAGAAACACAAGCAGGAAAUACAAGAUGAAUUUAAGCAACACAAACAGGAAGUGAAAGGUCCUCAGGCAGCAUCUCACCAAACCAAGAUCCCUAGCCCCACCGUAGCUGGAUUUGAUGAGUCCACAACUGGUCAGAUACGACUGGAUGCAUGGUCUUCAAGUGGUACAGGAAACCAUGUAAAGACUGAAGAUAAACAACUGUCUUCCUGCCAAUUCUCCUCAGCUACUAGUGACACUUCUCCCCUACCAGAGAGGCACAGGACCUCACCCCCUCGACGGGCCUCCCCACACCCUCCACCACCUUUGAUCCACACCGGCAAUUUACAGAGCAAUAAUACCCAAAGUCCUUCCCAGGGGAAACAGAUGCCUGAGAGUAAAGAUGACGACCCUAAUGAGGACUACUGUGCUGUUUGUCAAAUUGGAGGGUACCUGCUGUGCUGUGACAAGUGCCGCAAGGUGUAUCAUCUCAAGUGUCACAUCCCAGAACUUAAAGAAUGCCCAAGUGAUGAGUGGCAGUGUACUUUAUGUACAAAGGCUGAUGACAUGGUGUUGAGCAAGAUUGAAAAGAAAGACUUUACAAUGGGUCCAGGAAAAAGAAAGGCACCGUCAGGACUUACAGAGAAAGAAUUAAAGGCUUGUGAACGGAUCCUCUUAGAGCUGUACACCAAUAAAGACAGUGCUGUGUUUCAUGAACCUGUUCAUAAAUUGGUACCAAACUAUUACAAAAUCAUAACCAGACCAAUAGAUUUCUCCAAGAUACGAUCUAAGCUUCAAAGACAGAAUCUCAACCACUAUAAUACAGUAGAGGAAUUCCUGAGUGAUUGUAAACUGGUCUUCAAGAACUGUGCUACUUACAAUUCGGUUGGAACUCCAAUAUAUGACCAGGGGAAAAUGCUGGAUGAAGAGUUUGAGCGUCUGGUACAGAAGUUUUUGCCGUGUUAUUUUGAUAUACUGGAUGACCUUGACACCAGGACAGACACGCCUGUGAGUGACGCGUCGGACAGGGGACCUAGAGAGAAGAAAUAGAAGAAGCGAUAUGAGGAUGAUCCUGACGCCUUGCCCCUCCAUAUUCACUGAUACCGUGUCACAUAGGGUUUUAAAUGGAUUGUAAUUAUGUUUUUUGAUGCCACUGUCUUAAUAGUCUUUGACAUUUAUCUGUUUAGGUGAAAAGUUGUUAUGAUCAAAAAUUUAAAUGAAAUGUAACAGAUUGGCCCAUUGAUAAUUAGAAAAAAAAUUGUUGAUUAAGAACUUUAUUAUGAAAAACCAGUAUUUUCCAAUCAACAUGAAGCAUGCUGCAGGGAAAGUAUUUUAUGAAGGCAACUAUUUUUCUAUUUUAUUAAUUUGUAGAUAGAUAAUUAUAAUAAUUUAUGUCUGUUAUUUUACUUUCCACUUCCCAAAACCAUAGACCCAUUAAGUGAUUGUAAAUUUUGUUUAUUGUUAGGAAAGUUUUGUGACAAUGCUUGCUUUAAUGUUAAAUAAGUUACAAAGUUUGUUUUUCAAGUGCAUUGCCUUGAUAUUUCUGUCGAGUUACUGGUCUUAAAAAAAAGAGUCGUACAUCAUGUAAAACCUCACAUUUUACAUAUUAUCAUUUUCAACACAUGUACAGUCAGAAAAUAAAUUUGUCAUUAAAGGUAUAGUGUCUUUUCCUGUGAGUGUUUUGUGUUGAGAUAACAAUUUUUUAAAUUUGGUCCCAUGAUGAUGAUAAAUAAAGAAUUUUUAAAAGAUCUUAUUUGAAGUUCAUUUGGCUGUGGUGUUAGGUUAGAAGUCUGUGUGAAAUUUUUAUGCCCCACCAUGGACAGGAAUAAAUUGUUUGUCAUGUUUGUUAGCUCACCUGAGCCGAAGGCUCAAUUGAGCUUUUCUGAUCACAUUUUGUCCGUCGUCCGUCCGUCUGUCUAGCUGUCCGUCCGUCUGUAAACUUUUCACAUUUUCGAUUUCUUCUCAAGAACCACUGGGCCAAUUUUGACCAAACCUGG